AUGGCCGAGACCAUAAAAUCCAGCGAGGCGCCCAAGAGCGCUGUUGCCGCCACACUUGAGCAACUCAAGCCCCAAGAGGCUGAGUCAAAGACACUCAAAAUUGAAAACACCGACAAGCGUGACACGUUGAUCGCAGAAGAGAAGAAGUAUCAGAAAUCAUGGGAAGAGCAGGGCGUUUUCAACCCCGAUGCCCCCUCGCUUGAGGAGGAGCCGUUUGACACUACCACACCAGACCAACUUCAUGAGAAGUUUCCCAAGUGGCUUGGCUGCUUCGCUUAUCCCUACAUGAACGGAACCCUUCACGCUGGUCAUGGCUUUACUGCAAGUAAAGUUGAGUUUACUGCUGGCUUCCAGAGGAUGCUGGGUAAGCGAGUGCUUUUCCCAUUGGGAUGGCACGUAACUGGUAUGCCCAUCAAAGCAUGUGCCGACAAGCUCGUUAGAGAAGUGGAGAUGUUCGGACAGAACUUUGAGCGUUGCCCAGUCGAGGACGUCGUUGAGACAGCCGUAUCAGAGCCCCCCACCCCCACACAAGCUGAGACCAAGACCGACAUCACCAAGUUCAAGGCUCAGAAAGGCAAGGCCGCCGCCAAGACAGUCAAGACCAAAUACCAGUUCCAGAUCAUGCUUGCUCAAGGCAUACCUCUAGAAGAGAUUCACAAGUUCUCUGACCCGUAUCACUGGAUAGAAUUCUUCCCCCCGCUCGCCAAGAGGGAUCUCACAGCAUUUGGCGCCAGGAUCGACUGGAGGCGUCAAUUCGUCACAACAGACGCAAAUCCCUACUACGACAGCUUUGUUGCUUGGCAAAUGCGACGACUGAAAGCAAUGGGUAAGAUCAUCUUCGCUAAGCGAUACACUGUCUACAGUCCGAAAGACGGACAAGCCUGCAUGGACCAUGACAGGCAGUCUGGAGAAGGUGUCACUGUUCAGGAGUAUACGGCGUUGAAGAUGAAGGUGGUCAAAUGGGCUGACUCCGCCAAAACACAUAUCACUGGUCUCCCUGAAGGUGCUUCCUGCUACUUUGUGCCAGCUACACUCCGCCCCGAGACGAUGUACGGCCAAACUUCAUGUUUCGUAGGUCCUUCAAUCAACUACUCGCUGGUUAAGAUCAACGACAGUGAGUACUUUGUACUGAGCGAGAGAGCCGCAAGGAAUAUGGCGUACCAGGGCACCACCGCUAAAUGGGGCGAGUACUCAAUCAUCGCUACAUUCCCCGGUAAGGAUGUCAUUGGCACCAUCGUCAACGCUCCUCUCUCCGUUCAUAAGGAAGUUUACAUUCUUCCAAUGGAGACCGUCAAGGACACAAAGGGCACGGCCGUCGUUACCUGCGUACCAUCAGACUCGCCAGAUGAUUACAUCACGUCAUUUGACCUGGCUAAGAAGGCGGAUUAUUACGGAAUUCAAAAAGAAUGGGUCAAGUUUGACAACCUGCUUGGCAUCAUAGAGACACCAACCUACGGAAACCUCACUGCACAGAAGCUGGUCGAGGAGAUGAAGAUCCAAUCGCCCAAGGACUCCGCGAAGCUUGCCGAAGCCAAAGAGAAGGCAUACAAGGAAGGUUUCUACAAGGGCAAGAUGGUGUAUGGUGACUUCGCUGGUAAGCCAGUCGAGGAGGCCAAGCCAUUGGUUCGUAAGCAACUUAUCGACUCUGGUGUCGCUUUCCCUUACGCCGAGCCUGAUGGAAAGGUCAUCAGCCGUAGUGGAGACGAUUGUGUUGCGGCCCUGCUUGACCAGUGGUACAUGAACUACGGCACAGCGGCCAACGGCGGAGAUGGCGAGUGGGCCGAAAAGGUCCGAUCCCACAUCGAGGGUGAACUCAAUCUCUACUACCCUGAAGCGAAGAACCAAUUCUUGCGAGUCGUUGACUGGCUCGGCAUCUGGGCAUGCGCUCGAUCCUACGGACUGGGUACCAAGGUGCCUUGGGACCCAAGUGUGAUGGUUGAGAGUUUGUCCGAUAGUACCAUCUACCAGGCAUACUACUCAUUUGCUCAUUUGCUGCACAAGGACAUGUUCGGCAAAGAGCCAGGCCCUCUUGGUGUCAAACCUGACCAGAUGACGGAUGAAGCCUGGGACUACGUCUUUGCCCUCCGCGACCGAAGCGAUGUCCCACAGUCGACAAUUCCUAAGCAGGCUCUCGAGACUAUGCGACGCCACUUCGACUACUGGUACCCGCUUGACCAACGUUCUUCUGGCAAAGAUCUCAUUCAAAACCAUCUGACGAUGAACCUAUAUGUACAUGCCGCAAUCUUCCCGAAGGAGAACUGGCCACGCAGCUUCCGUGUCAACGGCCACUUGCUACUCAACGGUGACAAGAUGAGCAAGUCUACUGGCAACUUCUUGACCAUCGCUGGCGCGGUCCAAAAGUUCGGUGCAGAUGCUACACGUAUUGCUCUGGCCGACGCCGGAGACGAGAUCUCAGACGCCAAUUUCGAGGAAACUGUCGCAAACAGUAACAUUCUGAAGUUGUUCGAGCUCCGCAAAUGGUGUGAGGAUUUGGUGAAUGAGGCCAUCUAUGUCCCUGAUGCGGCUGCGUACAUGGAGAAAAGGGCAAACGAGCGCUUAAAGCACGCCGAUGUGAUCCAGCGAAAGAGCGGUAGUGAGCGCCUUCUGUUCGACAAGAUGUUCGACAACGAGAUGAACGUGCUCGUUCACGAAGCUUUUGGUCACUACUCCAACACUUCCUACAAGUUGGCCCUCAAGUCAGGAUUCUACGACUUUACCAGUGCGCGUGACUUCUAUCGCGAAGCUACCAAGGCGGCAGGCAUUGGUAUGCACGAGGAUCUUGUCAAGAAGUUCAUUGAGCUACAGGCUCUCCUCCUUACACCACUCGCACCACACUGGGCAGAAUACAUAUGGCUCGAGGUACUCAAAAACAAGGAGACCAUCCAGAACGCCCUCUGGCCAAAGGUCCCCGAGUCCGACCCAUCACUCACCGCCGCUCGCGAGUUUGUCCGCACCACACAGACCAACAUCACAUCAGCCGAAGGCAACGCCAUUAAGAAACUUUCAAAAGGCAAGGCCGCGACGUUUGAUCCUAAGAAAGAGAAGAAGAUUACCAUCUUCUCUGCUCAAGAAUGGCCUGCCUGGCAAAAGAAGUACAUCGACAUGCUCCGCGACGCAGCUACCAUUGACAUCAAGGCAAUCAGCAAGUCGAUCGAUAAGUCUGAGUCCAAGAAAGCUAUGCCCUUCAUCAACAACCUCAAGCGUCGCCUCGACAACGGAGAGCCCAAGGAGGUGGUCUUGAACCGCGAACUCGCCUUUGAUGAACUCUCAACCCUGCGGGUCAUGGUUCCAGGCUUGAAGCAGACGAUUCAAAAGUGCGUCGACGUAGAAAUCAUUGUUGUCUCGGAAGGUGGAAAGGAUGGUACGGUGAUCAAGGAGGACGGCAGCAAGGGCGAGAUCCGAUCGGAACUGCCACCUCAAGCUGCGACGGCUGAGCCUGGUUCGCCCAGCUUCGCUUUCGAGAACGUUGAGAGUGUGCCUGUUCGGUAG